AUGAACAAAAAGAAUUCGUCAAAAACAUCAUCUUUACGAAAAUCGUCUAAAUCUGAAUUGACACCAGAACAAAUAAUGAAUCUUAAAACAGAACUUUAUCAAUUGGCUCAAUCGAAUAUUAUUCCUUUACCGAAUGAACCGGAUUUUGCAACAUGUGAUGAUACAUUAACUCGAUUUCUUGUGGCAAGAAAUUAUGUUGUUGAAGAUGCUUUUAAACAAUUGAAAUCAGCUGUAGAAUGGCGUCGAGAAUAUCAACCAUUGACAAUUCAAUGUUUAACGGUUGCUUGUUGUAAUCCAAAAAUUGGUAAGAAAUUUGUACAAACAUUUGCUGAUUGUUAUCCAGAAACUUUAUAUAAAUUUAUAUUAAUUAAUCAUGGUACAUUUUUUCAUGGUAUAUGGAAAGCAAUUAAAGUUUUCAUUGAUCCAAAUACAGUAAAAAAAGUGAAAUUAAUUCGUAAAGAAAAAAUUCAACGAACAUUUAAUGAAAUGUUUACCCCAGAUACAAUAACAUGGUUAUUAGAUGAAAUUAAAUUAAAUAAAAUCAAUAUCACAGAAAAUCAAUUGAGAUUUUGGGAAUCACCACAUUCAUAUGAAUUACAUGAUCCACGUGGUACACAUGAAUAUAUUCAACGUUGUAUAGAACCAUUAAAAUUAUUCAUUGAACAACAACAACAACAACGACAGCAACCACAGCAACCACAGCAACCAAAACAACAAUCUAAACAAAAAUCCAUUAUAUUAACAUAUGAUAAUUUAGGUUUAAAAACUCAUAUGCCACAUACAAAUAUUAUGGAUUGUUUAAAUAAAACAUUAAAACAAGUUAAAAUUCAAUCAUUCUAUAAUGGUAAAUAUAUUAAACCAAAUAAAGAAGAAUUACAAGCAUAUGGAGUUGAUAUCAAUGAUAAUCUAUCUGAAAUUAGUGGAGGAUCUGAAGAAUAAUAAUAAUAAUAAUGAUAAUGAUAAUAAUAAUGAAAUGAUUUAAAAUAUGCUCCUUUUCAUGAAUUGAUCUUCUUUUAUUAUUAAUCUUAAAACUCUAUUUUGAUCUUUCUAUUCUGUUCAUUUGACUUCAAUGAUCAUUGUUCAAUAUAAAGUUGUAUAUUGAACUCUUGUGUAAUAUUUUUUAUAAAAAAAUUUCUU